AAUGGCCACCAGCGGCGCAGCGGCCGGGGCGGGGCGGCGGCAACGGCGGGCAGGCGGCGAGUCACGGCUUUAUAAGUUGUGGGGGCGGGAAGCAGCGCCAGAGACCAGCUGAGGCUCGCCAAGGAAACAACCCUCAAGAUGAUGAUGAUGUCCCGUGGCGUGAGUGUGGUGGUAGUGGUGCUGGUGCUGGUGCUGGCGGCAGUGACCGCCGAGCCGGGCUUCAAGGUCAAGGGUCGCUGCCGCCCACACGUCCGCUACGUCCCCGUAUACAAGACUGUGGUCAACAAGCUGCCGGUGUACCACACAAUCUACAAGGAGAAGGUGGUGCCCCAGCCCAUCCACCACACGGUGUACGAGACCAAGUACGAGAAGCAGUACGAGACCAAGUACGUGCCCAAGUACGUCACCAAAUCGGUCUACAACACAGACGUCGAGUACAUCACCAAGAAUGACGUGCAGUACCAGACCCAGUACCAGACCAAGUACGUCCCCCAGUACGAGACGGUGUACAAGACCCAGCAGGUCUACAAGACCGUCUGCCCCAAGGACCCCUACAACGCUUACUAAGUAGGGGGCGUCGAGGGCCAGGAGCGGCAGGGCAAGACUCAUUGAGACCCUGGUGACUGCUGCUUGUUGGCUUGCACACUCUUCCUUCCCCGGCCAGUUAUUGUUUUGUCUGUUGUAUGUUGAACUAAUAAAGAUAAUUGUAAAUACA